CUCUGUCUGUCUAAAGUCUAAUCUAAACAGUGAACAGUGGCUUAGCGGAUAGCGUUCUUAAUUCUUAUUUCUUAGUUCUUACUUUCGUAUUCUUAGUAAUAAUUGAUCCUUAGUAGAAAACGGAAGAAGUAGUGUUGUAACAAAUUAGUAAUUAGUAUUCCAAGAUCCUAGGUUUCGCUCAGUAAUAUUUUUAACUCGGUGAAGUAGACUUUUCAAAAUUAUGAAGCUUCUUGGAAAAUUUCUCGUUCUCUUGUUGAUAGGAUGCAGCUUUACGCAGAAGUUUAUUGAACCUCUUGACAUGCAGAAAUUUCAUAUUGAUCCUAUUUACACGCAUAUUGAUACUAUUGAUAGUGGUUUUGACAGUAGCAGCACUGGAGUAAGUGGGAUCCUCAAUGCUAGUGAAUUUGGAAAAAGUAUGCAAUUGAUUUAUAAAUAUAUUUCACUAUUACUCAGAGAGCAGUGUGACGAUUCUAGGUAUCCUAGGCUAGAGAUAUUUGCGAUGCAUAAUGAAGUAUUUACCUGCAUCAAUAGCGUAGUAGAUGAUAUCGAAUCAACCGAAAGAGAAUAUACAGCUGCAUCCAGUGGUAGCCUCCAAAAUUUUAUAAAGAAACUCUGCAACGUUUGGCCAAAAAUUUAUGAUUGCAUUGACCCUGUUGUGAGUUACUAUAAAAGAUGUUUAACAAGUGAUCAAAAAUUAGGUAUUGAUGAAGGAUUUGAAUUACUCAACGAGGACCACAUUUUUUUCUGCGGGAACAAUGCGGACCGUUUAUUCAAAUUACUCAACAUUGAGUCUAUGCAAUGCUUUACCUUGGUGAGUAAAGAUCUUCAGAAAUGUAAAACUACCUUCACUGAAAAGCUAGUAAAAUUAAAACAAAGUCGCAACAUACUGGGCUCUAUGACGUUUGAGGAAGAAUACGAGUUUUGUAGUGCCUUACAGGAUCAAUGCAAAUGCCUCUCCUCGAAACUAGCCACAUGCGAAUCAAAAGAUCCUUCCAAUAUCAUGGAUGACUAUAUGGCACUGAUACAACGCCGAUUUUGCAGUUCAGCGUCAAGAUUAUCUUGGUUUUAUUUUGUUAAUCUUUUGCUAUUGGUAGGCAUAUAUUUAUAUUCCAAGAUGUUUUAAGCCAUUAUGGCACUAUAUUCAAGAACAUUCUUAAAUAGCUUGUUGCCAAAUACUAUGACUUUGUUGUUAUACAUUUUGAUUCUAUUAAAAAACAUUAGUGUUAAAAGUAAAAACUUUUUAUCUUUGUACUUAAUACUUUUACGUUUUACUUUUUUACUUUUCAUGCUUUUUAUACUUUACAUUUAUAAUGCUAUUAUAAUAUGUUAUUAUAUUUUAAGUAUUUGAUAUUAUAUAAGAAGUAAUAGUUG